AUGCAAGACGAAAUUGACACUAAAGCUCUGGCAUAUGCCCAGAAACGUGAAGGAAGAUGCUUGGGCAAAGGUCAUCAAUGGGAGACGUGUUACCAAGAUAACAAACAGAAUUAUAGAUAG